AUGGCUUUGGCACCAAGUCCCCCACCAAGUCCAACUAAUAUCAUGUCCUCUCAUGAAGCGUUAGAGGCGCUCUUGGUGGUAGCUUUGGUCUUGCUGGCCGUGGUGGCCAUAUUCCUCUUGCAUAUACUGAGUCCGUUACGCCGGUGGUUGAGCCACGGGCUCCCCCACCAUAUCGUGAUGGGAAUCUACACGCUCUCCUACCCGCUGGUGGGCUACACCAUUGGGCGGAUGCAGAGUUCCAUUUGGUACCCCUAUGACUACACCGUGUGGGCUGUGUUCCUGCUUCUGCUCCUCAGCAGCACGGACAGCCUCACGGCUUGCCGUCUCGAGGACAUCGACAGCUGGAAGAGCAUCUACGUCAAACAACUCUUUAAGGGAUUCUUGCUGGUGUUUAUCAUUCUAAAGAUUGUCCUUGACAUACACGGGAAGCAGAUGAACGCGGACAAACUGUUGUACCCACUCUCAGCCAUCCUAUUUGUUAUUGUCAUCAAGUCAUAUCUGAUGAUAGCUUCCAUGAGGAUGGUGAGCAAGUCCUACCUCGGCAAGAAUGUGAAGGUGAUAGCGGAAUAUAUGCACUAUAUAGACAACAAGCUGGUGGCCUUCGAUCCUGUGACCAUGGAAAGCUACCGGUACAUGGUCGCUGGUGACAAACACUGCGUUAACCGGCCUGGACAAACACCAUGGUACAAGAAGCCGGACGACUUGAAGGUUACAACCGUGGAGCAGAUCUGGCAGUGCAAGGGGAAUCUGCUCAUUGGUGAUCAGGGCAAGGUGCUCAAGGACUUGUGCCUCUCUAUGGCUCUCUCCAAGAUGCUCAACCGAAGGUUUGCUGGCUUCAAGCUGUCUGAGGCAGAGCUUGAGAAAACCCAUGACUUCGUAUUCAAAGGCCUCCUCGCCGGGGACGAGCUGCAGGCCUUCAGGGUCAUUGAGGAAGAACUUGUUUUUGUCCAUGACAUGUAUUUCACAAGGUACUCUUACCUCUACCAAAAGGGUCGAUACCGGGCUCUCUGUCUGCCUGUCAUCAUGAUCGCCCUAUGCUCGUGGCUCACAGUGACCAGUCUGCACGAAAGGCGCAAAAACCGCUUUCAAAAAUCCUCCGUAUUCGUACUGGGUUACCCCACCAUAGUCACAACUGUUGUCCUGGCACUCCUGGAGGCAUACCAGCUGUACCUGUACAUGGCCUCAGGUUGGUUCAAGGUGGCUCUGAUACGGAGCUACGUCACCACACCAUUUUUGCAAACAAGCUGUUGUUCUGAGAUGAUCAUACGUCUUCUCUUGAUGUUGAAGCCGUUUCGCCCAUGGAAGGGCAGACUUGGGCAGUACUGUUUCCUCGAGCAUCUUGGCAGCAAAAGUAAGGUUAUGAAUUGUCUCCAUUAUGGUACACUGUGCUUUGUGGACAAGGCCAUGAAGGGAAGCAAGAAUUCAGUGAAGCUGUCCGAAGAUGUGAAGAAAGCCAUCAUUGAUUCCCUACUAGCAAGCAACGGACACCUGACAAACGGGGUAACAUCGCUGCAAAGAAAUAGCGUCCAUGAUGACCUCAAAUGGCCAUGCGAUGCCACGGCUACUGACGGAGCGGUGGCUCACACCAUUGUGGUCUGGCACAUUGCUACAACCCUGUGCGAGCAGAAGCUGGAUAAACAAACCAAAGAAGAAGACGCUGUCAAAACAUCCUCCACUUUAUCCAAGUACUGCAUGCAUCUCCUUGCUUUUGCACCUAACCUCUUGCCCGACCACAGCUCCAUAUCGGAAUCCAUACUUGAUCAGUCAAUCAAUGAAGCAAGCAAGUUACUCAAAGAGGGCAAGAACAAGAAGAUCAAGGGCAAGGACAAGAAGAUCAAGGGCAAGAACAAGAAGAUCGAGGGCAGGUGUGAGAUACUAAUGGAAACUACUAAUACCGAUGGUUGUGUUGAUGAUGAAACAAGGCUUGUUGCGCAGGGCGUUCACCUUGCAAGGCAACUGAUUGAUAACAUACAAGACUCCACAACAAGGUGGAAGGUGCUAUCUGAUUUCUGGGCGGAGAUGAUGCUGUAUGUCUCGCCAUCCGAUGAUGCUCGGGAGCACCUGGAAGUUCUUGCAAAAGGAGGGGAGUUCAUCACGCACCUUUGGGCGCUGCUCACGCAUGCCGGUGUGCUGAAGAGAGGCCCUACAGAGCCAAUGGAUGCUGUCUGA